AUGAUUGCACUCUACUUUCUUCCUUUCGUUUUAUGGGCUUGUCUGGGACAAGCCAUAUUGACCCCUCGCAAACCGUUCGACACGGCAUUCUACGUCUUCAACGGAGCUUGGUCAUGUUCCCAAGAUCAGCUGAAAACAAUUUCUGGGGCCAUCGACGAGGCACAUGAUCUUUCCAAGGCAGCUAUCAAUGUCCUUUCGAAGCCUAGCUCCGAACAGUCGAUCGCCUUCGAGUCUUGGUUUGGCUCAAGCAACGGAACUCCUAAUAGAAGAGAUAUCAUUCUCAAAAGACAUUUUCAAGCCGUUUUGGAGAAUCUGAUCCCAUCCACUGCCGCCGCCCAAUUUCGACUCUCGCACAGCCCGUUCCUGAAUCCCCAGCAAGGCUCUACCAUCACCGAGUCUUCUCUGGUCUACGCCUGUCCUCCCCCUUCCGAGCCAGUAUGCGAUGGCAAUACGGUGGCAGCUGUUCAGAGUGCAACCGGUUCUAGAGCGGCGGUAUUCGGGGCGACGCUUCUCGUUCUUUGCCCCGACUUCUUCGGAAACAAGCCUAACCUCGAUAGUGCUGUUCAAUUGUGGAAGACGGAGCAUACCCUGGGCGACAAUCUGUCGCGUGGCUUUGCACUCGUGCAUGAAGUUCAGCACAUGAUCCAGGCAACCGAGUCAGAAGAGGAACGAUGCGACGACUUGCAGGACCCGUUUGAGGAUAACAAGGACUGUUAUUCAGCUAGCUGUUGCUUCCGGCUUUCCGAUGCCCAAAAGUUAAAGAACGCCCAAAACUACGCUAUAUACGCACUCGAUGUAUUGGCUUUCCCUGAUACUGCAGGAUCUCCGUCUUCGUCAUGCAACCUGCCCCAGAAGCGCGAAGAAGUACCCUUCUUAAACUUCUUCAAGCGUCAAGCACAGCCACUACCAGAAUCUGUGCCGCCUGCUCCUUUCCAGAACACUUCUGCUAGCUUCAUUACCUUUCCAAAGACUAGCACGGAACCAUUGUCCUCCGAGGUUCCUGUGACUCCUACCAGCAACGUUACUACACCAGGCGGGGUUCCUACAGAGCCGGUUACAUCAGGUAGUCCUAUUACCACUUCGUUCAUCGAGACCGCGACCACGUCAUCGGCAGCACCAACUACGACCGUCAGCGAUGGUGCCACAGUGGUAGUAUCUGUUGGCGCAGUUGUUGUUGGCGGACCGGGGGGCGGAUUCAUCUCUGUUGGUGGAGCCUUGAUCCCCGUUGCUGCCGGUGCUGUCGUAACGGCCAAACCUGAGGACGAACAGAAGCCAACAGACCCGGAUGACAAGUCGACAGAGCCUACGUCCACUCCAACCCCGACCUCAACCUCUACUGAGUCAGAGUCAUGCAGCGUACCAACUACAACAGCGACGUAUGGUUCAGAAGGAAAUGCAGUUUGUAGGGAUUUGUCUGGCAUGAGUAAUGAACAGCUUUUGCAACUCAUCCCACAGUAUGGCCAAGUCAGCUCUUCUGCUGAGCCUGCACCAACCUCUACACCAGGCGCUUCUAAUACUACCGCCAUCAUCUCUGGUACGCCUUCACCUUCGACUUUCUUGACGACACUAGCUCCCAAGCCAGAAGUUCCGAUAUCCACUGUAAACACUACCUCAAUCCUGGUGACAAUUCCAGCCCCCAAUGGCUCAAGUACGCUGGUGACUGUACCAAGUAUACAGACACCUGUUCCCUUUAUCGGUGAUACCACCAACUGCAACCUAACAGACAAUGCGGUGCCCGAAUGUCAGAACUUGGUCAACGGGAAGAGGGCUUGCCUCUACUCUCAGCCCAAGGGCUUUUUGUGCGUUGCAGAUUGUCCUGCAGGGGAUCCUUGCCUGCAAACUUGCCAGACAAUGAAUUACAAGGGUGGUUAUUGCAGCAAUGGAACUCCCUCGUGCGUGUGUUCUAAUGACGAUCCUACUGCUUGAUCAACUCGUAUCAACCCUGCUCUCACG